GAUUAUUACAAUUAUUUAUUAUGAAAGAUUAGAACAAUGAACGUUUUUCGGAUUUUCAUUUGUUUUUCACUGAAUCAAACUUAAUCCUCAAUACAUAUAGAAUGAAUGAACAACUGGACAUAUACGAACAAAUAACACGUAAAAUUUGUUUUCAUUGUUACCAAUCUGAUUUCUUUCGACUUUCGUAAAAGUGCCUUUUCAUUUUCACUGAUAACUUAUGUAAUAUGGUAACGCGCACCUACUUCCAAAUAAAUAAUGAUGGUUAUAUCUACCAGCAACCUGUAUCAUACUUCACACAGAAUACACAAAAUUUUCAACGACAAUGGAAAAGUCAUCAGAAUUUACAUGAAUCACGCUUGCUUAAUCGUCAUGUGUCUGAUCAGUACAUUACUAUACCGACAACACGUUUCAAUAAUGAUUCAUAUAAAAAAGUAAAUGGAUGUUAUAACAUUACUUUAAGUAUCAAUAAUACUAAUAAUAAUAAUGAUACUAGUAAUCACUGUAAUAGCAAUUAUAGUAUUAAUAGUGUAAACAACAAUUGUGUGCAACAAAAUGUUUACAAGCCUCUAUCAAAUUUAUCUGACAACAUCAAUAAUCAUCGUCUAGUAUCAAAGGAAAAUUCCUCUACCAUGAGGUUCGGUGAAAAAUUACGUUCUACAUCCCUACCACCAUUAUUACAUACUACAAAUUAUUUUACUCCACAAAAAUCAAUAAUUGCCAAUACUGGCCACACUUCACCAUCAUUGGUCAAUCAGAUGUGUCAUAAAUUCUCUUCUACCUCCGCAUGUCAACACAGUGGUGCAGAUUGGGAAGAUUGCCGUAUUAGUAUAGACUGUUUUGGUAUUAAAGGAAAACAUUGUAAAUCAAUAAGGCACCUACACAAGAAUUACAGUUAUAAAUUAGCACCACAAACGCAUUUAUCAUCAACACGUAUUGGUAACACACAGAAUGGACUGAAUGAUAAAUAUUUACUCCCUUUACCAAUAAGGACACCUUCUAUUCAUUUAGAAAAUAUAAAGUUAAAUAAAACAUCCCAAUCAAUAAGAUCGCAUAGUUUAUGCGCUAGAUCUGUCCGUCUAUCAAUUAUACCGUUAAAUCCAAUCUACAAAAGAUCACCAUCGUUAUUAAGAAGAAAACAGUGUUUAACAAAUCACACUAAUCAGUCGAUAAGAACUAGAACUACACCUUGGAUUAAUUCAUUUGAUUUACACAAUUAUCAUACAGUUCUUCGUAAUUGUUGGCGUAAAAAUUUAAUUCAAAGAAUGGCUUUCAAAAUUGAUGAUUUUACAAUCCAAGAAGAUCAAGUAAAAGGUGAAAUAUGAUUGCUUUCUGUUUUAUUCAUUAAUUCUUUUCACUUUGAUUUGUAUGGAUUUCCAUGGUACAGUUUUGAUUCAUUCAUUGUAUGCAUUCAUCAUUUAACUUAUUUGCCAGGUACAGAUUUAUGUACUUGGCUUGUGGCUACGUUCUAAGAGUAAGAGCUAGUAGUGAUACAACCAGUUUCCUUGAAAGGACAUAAGUGAAGAGGGGUUCGAAUCUGAGACUUAUCAAUUGAAAGUCGAACUCCUUCACCAUUAAUUCACCACAUUCAAGACGUAAUUCGUUAAACGACCAGCUAAACUACAGAAAACUAUUCUUAUCUAGAUUUUAAACCCAUUUAAAUUCCGAUGUUCUGACGUCAGUGUUACAUCUAUUCGUAACAUAGAACAAGAGAAUUAAAAUUAAUAUCAGAUGGGUUUUGUGGAGAUUGUAGUAAUUUCAAUGGUCCAGUGCUGCCAGGUUUUCCAGGGUGGUCUAGCUUCAACUGACUCAUGAUCUUAAUCAUUGAGAAUUAAAAUUAUCAAGUAGAAACAGAUAAAGAAAGUUCAUAGUUUGUUUAUCUAAGUACUAGAUCCGUUAUCAAUCAUAAAAUCAUUACCAUAUAUACUAGUGAUUCCUAGUAACUUAAGAUCAAGUUAGAUUUCGUGAUCUAUACACUUAAGAAUAAAUAGAGGUUGUUGACUUAAAAUUCCACCCGGGCUUGAUAUAACUGAUCAGAAUAGUAAAUGUCGGUGGAAACUCGAUUGGUUUUUAUCCUUGUUCAGAUAUAUUUUAUUGAAAUACUUUAACAUACAACGUCACUUGGAAUUUACCUCCUUCAUUGUCCCAAUUUAUGUAAAUACAUGUUUCUUACUUAAUAACUAACUUAAUCCUGUCACUCUUAUUAGGGAAUAGGCCAUCAACCACGGCUAUCCAACCAACUCUGUCCCGAGUUCUCCUUUCCAGAUGAUGCCGAAUGCCGUUCAUCGUCUUUAUUUCUGCCUCUGAUUACCGGCGUAAUGUGUUAUUUGGUCUGCCUCUUUUCCUUUUGCCUUGUGAUGCGGUUUAAUGGUUUCCUUAUAGUGUGACCUAUCUAGCUCCAGUUUCUUUCCUUUAUUUCUUCCUCAGCUGAGACCCGGUUUAUUCUCUUCUAUAGUAGGUUAUUCCCGAUAGUCUUUGGCAAAUGGACCUGGAGUGUCUUACGUAGACAGCUGUUUAUAAAUACCCGUACAUUUGAAUGACAAUUAUGGUAGUUCCCUAAGUUAAAUAAACGAGUCGAUCUAAGCUAAAGCACCCCUGAAAAUCUGGAAGCACCAAAAUACUACAAUCUUCAUAAAUUCCCAUACUGAGUUCUCUAAGUUUCAGGUCUGUUAGUGUUGAAAAUUCCAUCUUUGGUGUUGGCCGACAGUCCUUUCGGUUUUCAUAUACUAUUCAAUUGUAGGAAUGUAUAGACAUGUACUUAUUAUGUAAUACUUCUAUUUUUCUCCUUUUUUCCAGUUGCCAAAGAUGUUUUCAAACGUUUUGACAAAAGAGGACAAGAAAAAAUUAGCACCACUGAUUUAGGUCCGGCUUUUCGUGCACUUAAUCUUACUGUUAAACCAGACACUUUGAAAGAAUGGGCUGAUCAGGUUGAUGACGAUGCUACCGGAUUCAUUGAUUUUAAUGGAUUUCUAAUUUGUUAUGGAAAGAAACUUCAAGAAGAUCAAGAUGAAAGAGAUUUAAGAGAUGCAUUCCGAGUUCUGGACAAAAAUAAACGUGGAGAAAUUGAUGUCGAAGAUUUAAGGUAAAUCCAGAUUCUUGAUAAUUUCACUCUUGUUUCAAAUAUUCAUCAUCUAAUUGGAUAUUUUGAAGUGAACUUCUAGUUAUAAAUAAGUACUUGAUCUUGUAGCCGGUAAGCAUAAAGAUGACUAUAUAAUCCGGUGAAUAUCUUUUACACGUGCCUAUAUUAAUAGCCCAGUAAUAUCACCAGCCUGACCUCAACACAAAAUAAAAGCAACUCUGUCUAAUAUCAGUAUGACGUCUAAUACAUCAGAGACCAGAGGUUAUUAAACAGCUGACGAGAACCGACGAAAUAAAAAUGAAUUCAUGCUAUUCUGCUAGAAUGUUUGUUCUUGCUCUUUUCAAAAUGAUAAAGGGAACUAUGUGUAUGAGAUUAUCAAACAAUUUGACUUAAAAGAAAAUUACAUUCUGUUGGAUGUAUAAAAUGAGUGAUCGAAAAAUAGUAGUUUCAUUCGAAUUUAUGAAGGGAUCAAUUACGUAGUAUAAUAAGUUACCUAACAGUUCAAUGUGAUCGUGAGCAUAUAGUUUUAUAUACACAUGUAAACUACUCAUAAGUAGCAUGAAAUGCUUGCGAAACAUUUCUUUGCAUUAAUUUUUUGAUUUCAUCCUUCUUACAGAUGGAUAUUAAAAGGUCUAGGUGAUGAUCUUACUGAAGAAGAAAUAGACGACAUGAUUCGAGAUACUGAUACCGAUGGAUCAGGAUUUGUCGACUUUGAUGGUAAGUUUAUUCAUAUAUAUAUUGGUUGUUCGAAUCCACCCAUUGGUGUUGAGAACUGCAAUUGAUCUAUCUUUUAUUGACAUGUAUGCAUCCUGUACGAAUUGUCUCGAAACAGCCAUUCAAUCACAAGCAUUUUAAGCAGAAAUGUAUGGUAGCUAGUUGUUAAGUCUAGGAUGAGCGUUUUAUCCUAUAUGGGAUUCGUCACCUGUACAUAUCUGCCGCAUCCGAAUUAAUGUUCACUCCGGGACUCGAACCCACUAUCGUCCACCUCAAACGUCAACGCGUCAUCUACUUAGCUCAUCUACUUAGUUCAAUAAAAUUAUUUACAUUUGUAGAAUAUAAUUUUUCAACACUUAAAUUUUUCGUCAGUAAAAUUAUCCCAACAAGUCAUCAAUCGGAUAGUUUCUUUUCUGAAAUAUUCACAUCCACUUUAAUUCUGAGUUGUAAUACAACACAAUAAUAGGCUGUAAAAAUUAUCUAUACAUAUCUAUUUUAUGAUUAACUUGGCUGACAAAGAGCAUCAUCAAAAACCACUAGAAGGUGUUUUCAGCUAAUUUAAAGAUCAAAAAGCUUUUAAGCAACUAAUGAUACUUAAUAUUAUGAUUAUUAGCGAUGUAUUGAUUAUCAUAUUAAUACAUUGGUAUACCAACUGGAUAACGUUACUCCUUAUAAACUAUCAAUAAACCCUGUUUGAGUUAUGAAAACUGUCGUAAUUUAGUAAUACACUAAUCGAUCAGAUGUCUAUAAUAAAGUUUUAGAUCUGGAAACUAGCAUGAGAUUUUGUAGCAGUUUGCACCCAUAAUCCCUCCAUGGAUCAAAUACAGAACCGUCUGGUCUCAUAGAGGGUUUAAUACAAUUAGCUCCAACUUCAGGUAAUGAACAUACUUUGUGAUCUUUCGGUCAUGUUACUCAGCUUCAUACUAGAACGACACAUCCGUCCAAUAUUUUUGGUUUUCAACAGUCUUCUAGUCACCACAACAAUCUUCACAAAUCUUCAGUAUUAAUAUAUAAAAUAAGCCAAGCAUUUAUUUUCUAAGCUUUUUAUUAUAAGAUUGUUGAUAUUCGGGACCGCGACUGAUUAGUUUUUAUGGUUAUUUGUAUCCAAAGUGGAUUGUCUCAAUAUUACUGUUUAGUCACAAGUUUUCAGAAGACAUGAAAAUGCCCGUUUUGUUCCACUUAAGAUUCAUUAAAUGAAUCUAAUUAAUAAAUCUUAGUGUUCAUGUUCACACAAUUACUCAAAUCUGGUAUUUUUCACUUUAAACCGUCAUGGGCUAUUCAUUAAGCCCAUUAACUGGUUCUAAUUGUAUAAAGUUAUUUAAAAAUGGCUGUAUAAAUUGAAUUUUAUUUAGUUUUUGUUGUCAUGUGUGUGUAUCUUGAGUAUAUAUUGUUGCCCUAAUACUAACAUGUAGUUAUGAAAAAAGAACAGUUUAUCAUCUUCUAUUCACGUUCAUUUUCUCCACUGAAAUUAAACAAUCUAUUAUAGCUUGCUGUCUCGUAAUAUAUAUCAUGAGAUUAUAUCACCAAUUUGAGACACCAACUUAUACGACCAAACCAAUGACCCAUAAAACCUGUACAAACAGCCUAGAGUUCUUGAUGAACAUUUGAGAUAGUAACUUCCCGCCUAACUCAGCCGGUUCAGGACAGAACUUAAAUACCAGCCUCCGUUACAUGAAUCAUAUAUUUCAGACAUACUAUGUUUAUAUACUAGCAAACCAGACCUCAUCGUACCAUAAAAUAGAAAAUAACAACUAUAUAAUAUCAAGAUAAAAAGUGGCUGUGAUUGUAAGAAACUGUAGCUAAUAAAUGGGGAAUAUCUCAAGAAUAGUAAAUCGUAAAAUAGUAGUCAAUAGGUCAAACAAAAGCUUAUAAUAAAAGGAAUAUGAAUAGACACCUAAUAUAGUUACAAUAACAAUAUAUCUAAUAAUAAUUCAUACAUAGAUCUUAACAGGUACCACUCACUAUUCUUCAUCCGGAUAUACCACUAUCAAUAUAAAGUUAUAAUUGUAUUUUUGAAUUCUUUUGUAAUUAUUUGUUUGCUUGUUUGUUUAUACAUUCUUAGAAUUCUAUAAAUUGAUGACAUCUGAAUAGAAUUUACAAUUUCACCUCAAUGAACUUUAAGUGAAAAUUCACUCAAAAUUACAUUUCAUUUAACCUUUUCUCUUGUAACAUAUUACUAUUAUUAUUAUUAUUAUUACUAUUGUUACUUAAUCAUAAUGCUUCUUUAUCAAUUAGUAACUUGUCUUAUUGCACAAUCUUAGUUUCAUCAAUGAUGCAUCGAUCGAUUCAUGUGACUGUUUUUCUCUUUCUUUUUUGUUUACAUACACCAAUUACAGCUUACCCUGCAAAAUUGUACUGUAGUUAUUUUUGAAUUUUAUAAUGAUUUGCUGUAUCAGUUUUCUCCCUUAUAUAUAUUUAGUAAUGUGUAAUUGUAUUAUGAUGCAUCAAUCAGUUUAGAUUAUCUUCUGUAUGUUCCUUGAAUUGUCACUAAUUGUAAAACCCUACUUUCUCUGUAAGCUUUAACCCCAACAUUAUUGAAUUGUUUCUUAUAAAAGGGAUUAAUUAAAUAGUGAAUUGUGCUGUAAUAACUAUCAGUUCUUUCUGGGUUUUCCUAAAAGUAAAAAAAAGAAAAUAAAGAUGAAUCUUACAUUUUUAUUAAUACAAUUUCAAAAUUUGAAAGGAUUCCUUUACAUGAAAUUAAUUUCAAUACAGAACUGUUUCUAGCUGGGUUUUUCAUUAUUUCUAAUGAGUAAAAACAUAAUAUCGAUCUCAAUUUGAAUGAUUCUUAAACUGACCACAUCG